AUGUAUUCAUUGUACGAGAAAAGGUGCCAGGAAGAGCAAAAAUUACCGAUUAAUGAGUAUGUUUGUCAAUACGUUUUCAACACUAAAUUUAACCUUCACUUCUACAUUUCAAAAAAAGACACUUGCAAAAAAUAUGACAUAUUCAAAAUAAAAAUAAGCAAUCCAGAAUUGAGUAGGGAUGAAUUAUCUCAACUUAACACUGACCAUGAACUCAAUUUACGGAAAGCUGAGCUAGCAAGGGAAUGUAUGACUACUGAUGCGAAAAACGCGAAAAGAAACCAGAUUAGUUAUGUAUGUAGUGUUGACCUACAGAAAGCUUUGCCGUUUUCAGUGUUAUCUAUUUCAGAUGCAUAUUAUAAGCGAAAUAUGUAG